AUGUCCUCUUCAGCAGGACGUAGGACGAAGCCGGCUCAUGUCCUUGACUUUNUUCACGACAAAAACAAUGACUCUGCGUUGACAGUUCUCGCCAAUGGAGUACGAUUUCAUGCCUUUGUCGAUUUCAAGAGGAUGAAGAAUGCCGCAGAGGCAAACGACAGGGAUGUGGAGGAAUACUCGAAUCUGGUCAAGAUGGGCGUCAGGAGUCCUACUGGAGACAGCGGCGUUGUGCUCGAAGACAAUGACAAAGCCGAGAACGACUCGGAAGAAAAACUUCAGGCCUGGAUACUCUCGCACCUGGAAGCCGAAAUCAACGAGUAUGCUCCAUCAAGGGGUGAGAUGCAAACGACCAACGUACACGAUUGGUACCACCCCUUAACACACUUCUACGCCCUACAAUACAAAGAUGGCAAGAUCAUACCAAAAGAGUUGGAAGAAACACCUGCCCUUCGAUUUAAGAUGAAUAACCUCCUGCCAACCGUCACACUACCAAAAUACAUCUUGAACCUCGACAUUCCCCGAUUCCAAGCGUCAGACUUGGAAAUCGUCGAGAAUGUCGGUCCCUUACCUACCCUAGUCCGCCACAAGGAUAAUCUUUACUUCCUCAAGGUCGUUGACCUGACUCAACCUGGACCAACGAAACGCGAGCUCAAGAUCAUGAAAGACAUCGAGAAGCUGGAAUUGCACAAGGAGAUACGUGUACCUCAAGUUCAAGGACUAGUGUCCUUCCCAAACUCCAAUACCGACAUCAUGGGAUUCUUGCAGACACACAUCGUAGGAGCCGAGCCACUGACUCACCUCCUCGACUCAGACGUUCCUCAGGCGAAACGCGAUCGUUGGGCGGCAGAGUCCGAAAGGAUGAUCAAGCUUCUGCACGAUCACGAUAUCGUAUGGGGUGACGCCAAAGCCGACAACUUUAUGGUAGACAAGGACGAUGACCUGUGGAUCAUCGACUUUGGCGGUAGCUACACAGAGGGAUGGAUAGAUCCCGAGCUGAACGAGACGGUGGAGGGCGAUGACAUGGGGACGAGAAAGAUUGUCAACGCAUUGCAUGAUCCAGAUGCAAACACCUUUGACCUUGACGACACCACAGCCGCUGAGGAGAACAAUGUCAAACGCAAGCACUGUGAGACAGAAGAGGAAGAGGGGCAUGCUGACAAGAAAGUAAGAGUUGAAUGA